ACAGCUCUGUCCAUAUCCAUUUAUCUUUGUUUGUGGAAAGAUGGCACCAUAAAACACUGAUAAAGCUCGUUUGCUGAAGCUUAUAACCAUUUGGAAAGUUGAUCCAGUGAACAUGACAGAGAUGAAAGAUGACCGCCGGUUUCACACACUUACACAAAAGCAGGUGGAGACUUUGGACCAGGUUCUAACAGAGGUCAUUCCCAUUCAUGGUAGGGGCAAUUUCCCUACCCUGGAAAUCAAGCCCAAGGACAUCAUCCAUGUGGUCAGAAACAGACUGAUAUUUAAGAAUAUCAAGGUGAGAGAUGUCCGUCUCAAUGGCUCAACAGCCAGUCAUGUGCUGGUCAAAGAGAAUGGCACCAGCUAUAAAGACCUAGAUAUCAUCUUUGGUGUGGAGCUUCCAAAACAGGAGGACUUCCAGAUCAUCAAGGAGGUGGUUCUAGGCUGUCUGCUGGACUUCCUACCUAAAGGAGUCAACAAAGAUAAAAUCACAGCUCUCACCAUGAAAGAGGCUUAUGUACAAAAAAUGGUUAAAGUGUUCACUGAGCAUGACAGAUGGAGCCUUAUUUCCCUCUCAAACAAUAGUGGGAAGAACGUGGAGCUCAAGUUUGUCAACUCUCUACGACGACAGUUUGAAUUCAGUGUAGACUCCUUCCAGAUCAUCCUGGACAGCAUGCUACAAUCCUAUUUGGAGGCUGAGAGGAGGGAGUUUAUGGAACAGAAAGAGAAAGAGCAGGAGUAUACUUCAGCUCAAAGACUUGGGAUUCAGUCAGCCCCAACAGAUGAGCCAUCUCUCAGCACUGUUGACUUGGGACAUCACAGGGAAACUGACAUUGACAUGUCUUGCGAAACCGAUAACAUGCAGAGUUUCUGUGACUGUGAGAGUAACAUGAAUGUGAGUCAGGAGGAACAGUCAAAAUGUUCAGAACAAGGACCAGCUUUUGAAACAGUUGAAAAACAUGUAGGGACAGAGCUGGUUAAAACUACAACUGAGACUAUGGAGCAAAUAUCAGAGCAUGAACAUACUGAAACUGUGACUCUUCUUACAGAGACAUUACAAGAGGUACAUAAAUGUGAAACAGGUAUUGACUCAGGGGAAAACAAUGAACUGGUUACAGUAAAAAGUGAAACCAUGUCUGUUAAAGAGAAAAAUCCUUCAGUUGAAACAUAUAUUCCUACAACAGAUUCUAACAAAACUGAAUACACGUUAGAUAUAAAGUCAGUUAAUGCCCAACCAUGGCUAGAAAUGGUACAUACAGACUUCUCAUGUCUUUCAACAACUGGGACCUUUGGUGAGCGAUGCACAUUCCAACCUGCUCCCAUUACAUUUCUUACACAAACAGCAUUAGAAUCAUAUGGUGAGUAUCCUCUACCACCCCCUGCUAAGAAAAACAGCCGAAGUUCACAAAUGGUCGUUCUCAAGCAUUCCUCACCAAAACCUCCUCGGAAAAUGUCUAAAAAGUCAACUCCUGUACCACGUUCACCUGAAAAAUCAGUGUCAAAUAAUUCAGAUGUUACAUCUUGUCAGGUUUUGAAUCCACCUAAAGCUAACCCAAAGGAAUCAUUACCUAUGCAGGUCAAAGUGACAGGUCUUGUGACAAAAGGCUUUGAAUUAUCCAGUGCCUCAGAAAAAGACACAGAGUCAAAAAAACUAGCCAUUUCUACCAGAGCUUUUACUGUUACUGCUCCUGAGAAUGAUGUGCAUUCAGAAGAGACAUUAUCCAUAAGUCUAUCACCAAAGGAAAGCGCUCAGACUCAAGUGCAGAGCUCAGAGCCAGAGACUGGUGAAGCUACCCACAUCCCUAUUCUAACUCCUAUGACCAGUACCAAUAACCUCCCCAAAGAUCAAGACCAGCCUUUUACUGAGAGGGUCCAGACCACACAGUGUACGGCAAUGGCACCUCUCAUUCAUGUAAAUUCACAGCCUUUGCUUCAGGCAGAUGAUAGUUUUCACCUCAGCCUGACCACUUCCAAAAAGAAAGAUACUGAUUAUUGUGCUCAAGUUGAUGACCCGGCAUCACCAACAAAUUCUACUCAGUCCCCAGAACCUGUCACUAACAUUACAAAUUUUCCCUCUCAAACAUUGAGUCCAUUGUCUGCAAACUAUACUAUUGAUUCACAAGGGGAAGGGACCAGUUCUUCAUGCUCUGAACAUGUACAAUCACCCCAAGUUCACAUAUACCCUGUAUCCCCUCUACAGACUCAGGAAACUCCUGUGCCAUGUCCACAGACUAAAGAACCUCCAGAACUUGUUACAAAUGUAUUAGAACCACCUGUCUCUUCACCAAAGGUUCAAGGCCUCACAGUAUCUACACCACAUUUUACAAAGCCACUAGAACCUUCCAUAUCUUCAACAGCAAGCCUUAAGUCACCCAGAAUCUCAGAACCUCUUUUAGAACUUACAGCUACUUGUCUGGAUGUCAUGGAGCCCUUUGAAGUAUCACUUGAAGUUAUAGAAACUUCUAAAGUACUUCCGCAGGUUUUGGAACCUUCUGCAGUAUCAUCACCUAUGUUAGAAACUUCUAUGCCCUCAGCAAGCCAGGCAGCGAUUUAUGAGAGUUCAGAAACAUUGGCUUCAGACACUAAAGAACCCUCACUGUCUUCAAAAGAACUGCCUUGCAUUACAGUGAUGGCUGAGAGCAUGUAUGGUGACUUUGAGCAGGCUAUGGACCACCUGCGUUACCGGCUAAUAGCAACACGCAAUCCUGAAGAAAUCAGGGGCGGAGGCCUGCUCAAGUACAGCAAUCUACUUGUCCGGGACUUCAAGCCUGCUAGUGAAACUGAAAUUAAGACACUCGAGCGCUACAUGUGUUCACGCUUCUUUAUUGACUUCCCUGACGUGAAUGAGCAGCAGCACAAGAUCGAAUCCUACCUGCGCAACCAUUUCAUUGGAGAGGAGAAAAGCAAAUACGAUUACUUGAUGACACUUCGAAGAGUAGUCAACGAGAGCACUGUGUGCCUGAUGGGACAUGAACGCCGUCAGACCCUAAACAUGAUAACCAUUCUAGCACUCAAAGUUCUGGGUGAGCAGAACAUCAUCCCAAAUGCAAACAAUGUAACCUGCUACUACCAGCCUGCACCAUACAUGGCAGACCACAACUUCAACAACUAUUACAUUGCAAAUGGCCAGUCCCCACUUAUAUACCACCCCUACCCCCUACACAUACACAUGCAGUCAGGACUUGUUUAGCUCUAUGUACAGGACAAAUACGAGUCUUGCAACCUAAAAUGUCCACCACAAACCAUUUAUCCUUGAGCAUGAGAGAACAUCCUAGGACUGAACUGAAAAACAACAACAACAACAACAAAAAAACCAGUCUGCGUAUGUUAAACUUAGAUAAAGAAAAAAUGUCAGCCAAGAACUGAUAGUGGUAUUGACUUUUAAUGCAAAUCUGGUGAAAAACAUCUGCUGUUGGACUGAUAAUGUUUUAUUGUGGUAUUGGUACAGUUGACUGUCAGUGGGAAUUACAUGUAAAAACAGUGAAGCCAUUGCACCAGCAGCAUUAAGGCAAGUAGAAAACAAAUGUGUCAGAUGAACGGAAAACUGUUGAAAAAUGAGGGUGGACAAUGGGAAGAUCAAUGGUAAGAAAAAAUAAUGUUCAGAAAAGAUAGUUACUAUAAAAGUAUUGAGAAGAAGCAAUUUGGCUAGGCUUGCUGUAAGUUGCUUGCAGGACAGGCCUGUUGCAAACAAUAAUAAUUUUAAAAGGUCAACAGUGUUUGAAAAUUUUAAUAGAAAAAGUGAAUAUUUUCAAUGAUUUCAUGCUUUAUUGGCAUGAAAAAUAAAACUGCAGAGACAUAAUCAGCAUGCAGCCAAAUGCUUUAUGACCCAUUUAGGAAUUUUACAAUUAAACUAACUGACAUCAAUGUUCCAUUACUAUUUUUUUUUUUAUGCGAUUAACCACAUAAUUUAUGUAUUUUACAUGUUGUGAGAUUUCUUUGUACAUACACUCUGCAUUUUUCUUAAAUAAUAUAUGCUAAUUAGUAGAUUAGGAGUGAUGUCACAAGAUAAAGUGCUCCAUUCAUCAGCUUUGUUCUGAUUUCAGCGAUUGAAUGAGAUAUCUCAGAUGUAAAUACAAUGUCUGCAUUUUGGUUGUUUGACCAAAAUGUGAAAUAAGCUUUGAAAUGGAUUGAAUUGAUGAAAAAACAUGCACAUGUUUCAGAGAGUGAGCUGAAAAUUUUUGCAACCCAACCCCCUUUUUAUUUCAAAUGAAAAGAAACAGGCAGUCAUCUUUAGUUUUCUUUGCUGUAUAAUUAAUGUACAUUUAGCCUCAAAAGAAUAAAUUAGGAAAUGAAAUGAAGUUAUUUAAUAUUUAUUUAACAAAACCCAUCAGUGGUGCUGAAGACUUGAAAUUACAUUUCCACUAUUAUUUUUACACCUUUUGUGACAAAAAAAAUACACAUUUUAAAAAUAUUUUGUGUAGCUACUGUACUACAGAAAUGUAGAUAAAGGUUGAACCAGCCAUACAUUAUUACAAACACACACAUAAUACAAACACAAAUAGAACAUAUUCAGGACCAAAAGUUUAAAUGUGACUUGUAUAUGAUUUUAAAGAUUUGCUGAAGUACUUUAAUUGAGCAAUUAUGAUUUUUUUAUAGUGUUAGCUAACUUUCCCAUGAAAUGAAGAUUGUAUAAGCAUUUUAAAAUCGAUUGUCUCAAUUGAAUGACAAGUUCUUCAUUUAAAUUUUAUAAAGAUUUUAGAUUUAAUUUAAAAUUCAAAUAAAUACAAGGCAUAGUAAAUUUCAUUAGAUCUUAAAAUAAAUAUGUAACAUCAUUACUGGUACAGCUGUUCAUAAUUUGUCGAGGUAACUUUUCCAGUGCAUACCUACAGUUUUGUAAAGUGUUGGCUUUAUUGUAUGAUGAUUUCUACUCCCUCAUUCUGUCUUAUCUUGAUGUAAUUGUCUACCUUUUGAAAUACAGCCAAAAAAUCUAGUAACACUGUGGUUAGAAAUAUAAGUUUAGAAUGACACUGUUUACCAAGAAGAUGUACACCAAUAAUGAAUCAAUUUUAUAUGACCAAAAUUAUUUUGUAAAAAACAAUUCAGUGCCUAAAUAAGCAGGAGAAAAGCUCGAAAGAAGGCGAUAGAGGAGGAGGCUCCUCGGUAAUGUAAACCCAACAGUUGCUUUUUCUUAUUUUCAGGUGUGCAUUUUCUCAUUUGUCCUCUUCUAGUGCUACUUGUGUUGAUGUCGGAUGUACUUCUUUGCUUUAGCUAGCUUAAUGUUUCAUUUAAUAAUAAUAAAAUAAAAAAAUAGA